AUGAAUAGAACUCAAAGUUGCCGAAUGAUGCAAACUAACAAAUUAUUAGAACUAUUGAAAAAAAAGAAGAAAGCUGAGUCACAAAAUCCAAGUCUGAGUCCGAGAUAAUAAUUGUCUCCACCAAGAUUGGUAAAACUUAAAUCUCCAAAAUAAUUGGAUGUUUAGAAAUUUGUAACAGCGGCUGUGAAACUAAAAGGAGUGUCUCAUAUGAGAACCUUAAAUAGUGAUAGAGACAAUUAUGAACUCAUAAUUACACUGAUAACAUAAGAAAAAUAGUAGAUAUUGAUGUAAUAUAGGUAUAUCGUUCCUAUUGGGUUAGACCAAACUACAACAGACCUAUAUUAGAAAUUGAUAACGAAGAUGAGUGCAUACGAUCCUUAAAAUUAUUAAAAUAUAGCCUAUUUUGAAAGCUACACCUAAAAUUAUAAUGUGGAUUACUAUUUGUCCUUGGAUGAUAAACCGUUGUCGGUGUUUAGCAAUGGGAGGACUCUGAAAUUGGUUCCAAUCUAUUACAACGAAACCCAGAAAAAUUCAUUUGAUGAUUAUAUUUUGAUUAAAUGUAUUGGUGUGGGAGGCUUUUCGAGAGUGUAUUUGGCAAAGAAGAAAAGGAACGGACAGUUCUUUGCGAUGAAAAUUAUAGACAAAUAAUUCAUUACAAAGAAUAACAAGGAGAGCAUGAUAAACAAUGAGAAAUUGAUAAUGAGUAGUCUAGAUAGUCAAUUCCUGACAAGAUUGCAUUGUUCAUUCGAAACUAAAUACUAUUUGGUAUUUGUGAUGGACUAUUGUUAUGGAGGUGAACUAUUUUUUCAUCUUCGAAAAAUGGGAACUUUGAAUGAAGAAGUUGCAAAGUAAUACUUCGGAUAGUUGUGUCUGGCAAUUCAUUAUCUCCACGAAUAGCAUGUCAUUUAUAGAGAUUUGAAGCCUGAAAAUAUUUUAUUAGACAUUGAUGGUUAUAUUAAAUUGUCUGACUUUGGUCUCUCAAAGCCCAAUAUGUCCAGAGACAAAGCAACCUAUUCCUUUUGUGGAUCUCCUGAAUAUAUGUCUCCUGAGAUGGUUACCAAAAAAGGGCACAAUCAUAUGUUGGACUGUUAUAGUUUGGGGGCAGUUUUGUAUGAAUUCAUUUAUGGGUACCCCCCAUAUUAUGAUUAGCAAUUGCAAAACAUUUUAAACUCAAUUCAAUAUGAUAAAUUGGAGUUUCCUGAACAUAUAAAAAUCAGUGAUCAACUCAAGAGUCUAUUGAUUAAUUUAUUGGCCAAAGACUAGAAUGAAAGAUUAGGAAGGAAAAAUGGAGUGGAGGAUAUUUUGAAUCAUCCGUGGCUCAGCAACUUUAAUUACACAGCCCUGUACAAAAAGUAAUUGCACAUUCAUUAUAAACCUUAACCUCUUUAAACGAACUAUAAUGUGGCUGAAUUCAGUAAGGGGGACAGAGAAUUUCAGCAAAGGCUGCAAGAUAAUUUGCAUAGGGAGAGACAAACGAAGUUUGAAACAAUUUUUCCGAAUUUCGACUAUAUUUCAGAGUAACCAAAAAGCAAAAGGGAAUUGUUUGUAGAGAAGAUUAAAUAUGCUAGUUUAAGAUCUUCUCUACAAACGAAUAUUAUAAAAAAUAAGAUUAAAACUCUUUCUUUGAAUGCACCGCAACUAAGUGCAAUAUGUCCCAGAUAUUAGUCAGUAAAGAAUUCAUAGGUAGCAUAAUCUUCUUCCACUUAAUCUUUCCGCAAUUCUUCAUCCAGUAAGAGAUUCAACACUGAAUAUGAUCUUCAGAAAUUACUUAAAUUUAAAUAAUGA